AUGGUGUUCAAGCCUUUCAAACCUCCUUUGAUCAGGAAGCCUGCAACAACAGAGACUCAAGAACAGGGCACAUCCAAUAAUUCCCUUCCAAAAGAAGAUCUCGCACCUGGGGCCGAGACGCGGCCAACACCCGUGACUCGAAAACCACUCCAUCAAGCCGGCGAUGUGGGGAAGGAAUCCGCGGGGAAUGUAACGCCUGCAACUGAACCUAUCAAACUGGUAGGGGAUGAAAAGUUUUUCAACGCCCUUUGGUACGCAUUGAACCUCGGUUUGCUUCGUGGCCUAGCUGACAUUACUUUAUCGAUUAGGAGAAAACCGAGCGCCAAGAAGAACAAAACCUGGGAUGGAGAUGGUAUCCUCACAGCACGCGCAGGCGUUGUCAUCCUACGAGAUGUAGGAGGCAAAGAUAUGGGACGGGCGCGAUUCGAGGCCGACCUGGAGCCAGGGAAGAUGCUCUAUGUUGGGGGGAAGGAAGUUGAGGUUGACUCUGAAAUUCCCCGCAGAGAGUAUUUAGCUGGAAGGAAUAUUGUGCAAGCCGUACAGUCGGCGCCGGCACAACCAAAAAAUGCCAGGAAAACUCCUUUGACAGCGCUGAAAAACGGCGACAAUCAAAGUAAGACCCUAGGCCGGAGCGGAUCUUUGAAACGAGGCGCACCGGACUUAGAUGGUGAUGGCAAGGGUCAUUCGGGGUUUGGCGCCUAUAAGAAACCAUAUCUAGAUGAUUCCAUCUUGCCAACACAUCCAGUCAAGGUGGUCCCACGCCAUGAUCCGACCGCGCCAGGAGCCUUGGUUAUGCCACGACCAACCUCGGUUCCUGAUGGGAAGCAGAUUGUUGAUGUAGUUGUUGAUCCACUAUUGACGAAGAGUCUGCGGCCACAUCAGCGAGAGGGUAUUCAAUUCUUGUACGAAUGUGUGAUGGGAAUGCGAUCAUUCAACGGUGAAGGAGCAAUCCUUGCAGACGAUAUGGGCAUGGGCAAAACAUUACAGACCAUCGCCCUGCUAUGGACCCUUCUGAAACAGAAUCCAAUUUAUGGCGCUCCUCCAGUCAUCAAGAAGGCUUUGAUUGUCUGCCCCGUGACUUUGAUCAACAAUUGGCGAAAAGAGUUCCGCAAAUGGCUCGGCAAUGAACGUAUUGGAGUCUUUGUCUUUGAUGACAAUCGGAAACGUCUAACCGACUUCACUAAAGGAAAAUCUUACAGCAUUAUGAUUGUGGGUUAUGAGAAGUUGAGGACGGCCCAGGAAGGAUUGGCAAAGGGUGCCGGUGUCGACAUUAUCAUCGCAGACGAAGGUCAUCGGCUCAAGACCUUAUCAAACAAGAGUGGACAGGCGAUUCAAUCCCUAAAUGCAGCCAAGAGGGUCAUUCUUUCUGGCACCCCAAUUCAAAAUGAUCUGAGCGAGUUCUUUGCCGCGGUCGAUCUUGUGAACCCUGGAAUUCUGGGUACAUUCAAGGGCUUUGUCAAGGAUUUCGAAACACCAAUCGUGCGCAGCCGGCAACCAGAGGCCACAAAGAAAGAAAUCGAGAAAGGUGAAUCUCGAAGCGAAGAGCUUCGAGAGCUUACUUCCAAGUUUAUCCUUCGCAGAACUGCAGACAUAUUGGCCAAGUAUCUGCCCCCCAAGACAGAAUAUGUGCUUUUCUGCAACCCAACUCGCUCCCAAGCUACUAUCUAUCAAGCCGUCCUUGCAUCCCCUAUCUUCCAGUCUGCUAUGGGCAAUUCCGAGAGUGCUCUCCAGUUGAUCACUAUCCUGAAGAAGCUCUGCAACAGUCCCUCGCUCCUCACAGCGAAGAACAACAACUCCCCCAGUGAAACUAUUACCGCCCUUCUCGCCUCCCUUCCACAAAAUCUCAUGCGCCACUUCUCCCCCUCAGCAAGUGCGAAAGUUCGAGUCCUCGAUCAAAUCCUUGAUAACAUGCGAUCAAACACAUCCGAAAAGAUCGUGCUCGUCUCCAACUACACCUCAACCCUCAACCUCCUUGCCACACUUCUCACCUCCCUCGGACUACCUUUCCUCCGUCUGGACGGCAGCACUCCCGCUCAGAAACGCCAACCUUUAGUAGAUGACUUUAACCGCCUCCCUGCCGACAAAUGCUUUGCUUUCCUGCUCUCUGCCAAAGCAGGCGGUAUGGGCCUCAACCUCAUCGGCGCCAGUCGUCUCAUCCUCUUCGACGUCGACUGGAACCCCGCAACAGAUAUUCAAGCCAUGGCUCGCAUCCACCGCGACGGCCAAAAGCAUCACUGCCGUAUCUACCGCGUCAUUCUCAAAGGCAGUCUGGAAGAAAAGAUCUGGCAGCGACAGGUGACGAAACUCGGGCUGGCAGAUAGUGUCAUGGAGCACAAGAACAGCGUCGCGCAGUUCUCCACCGCCGAGCUCCGGGAUUUGUUCCGUCUCGACGAGGAAAGCCGCUGCCAGACUCAUGAUUUAUUGGGCUGUGACUGCGGUGGCAGGGGUAUCAGUGCUCCUUCUUCCGGCAUUGCCACGCCGAACCUGAAAACUGGUGAGGACGAAGAUAGUAACUCCGAGCUCUCGGAGCUAAGUGAUGCCUCGGAUGAAGAGCCUGAGUUCCCGAAGUUAAUUAAGGCGUCUGAGGUCGAUAUGGAGGAACAGGAACGCUCCAUCCGUGAUUCUUCACGGCGAGGCCGGAAGCAGAAGGAUUCUAUGCACCAGUCGUUGGCGCAGUAUGCGCAUAUUGACCCGUCGGUUAUUGUUGGUGAUGAUGAAGAAGAAAUGGCUACCAUUAUUGAUGACGAUGUUCUUCUUUCUUUGUUGAAGGAUGAGGGUAAUCGGAUUGGAUACAUCUUCAAAAAGAUUAAUGGUGCGGAGGUAGAGAGUCAAGAUACUACGGCUUCAGACGAUGCUGCUGUUGCUGAUGCGUGA